AUGAUGAUCAUGAUAAAACGCAUCAUGAUACUGAAAAUAGUGCUAUUUUCGAUUUUGCUGGGCCUUGCAUUUUCCCGCUAUUUUAUUGUAGGUCCAGCUCAAAUAAAAGUUUUGAACGUAGUUCCUUGUGCCGAGUAUCAUAAUCAAACGAUGCAAUUUAUGCUUAAAGGGCAUAUGUAUAAUAAAAGUACUCAACUUUUGGAUGGGUUUUUAGGAAUCCCUGAUGAUUUAGAUAAAUCCGUUACAAUGUAUAUGAAAGCAUCAAGAGUAGAUAAGCAUAAAACACAAGUGAAUUCUUUUGUGAUAAACGAUUCUGAAGCUUGCACUUCUUUAAAUAAAUAUGUCGGGGAUUUAUGGCUUAAUAUCCAGACUCAAAUCGGGAUGGAACCUGGAUUUUGUCCCAUAAAGAAGGGUAACUAUUCCGUAAAAAAUUUAGUCCUAGACUUGUCGAAAUUGAACGUCCAAAUGAUUUUAGAAGGGGUUUUUAAAACCCGUAUCAUUUUUAAAAACCAAACCAAACCCAUAUAUUGUGGUGACUUCACUAUAGAGCUGUCACCAAAAAAUGAUUAAAACAAAUGACAGAUGAGCAUGACAUAAAUUAUGCAUAACAACAUUCCACAUGCAAAAGAGACGUGUCUCACAUAAACAAACCAUUUAUUGUUGGUUUUUAAAGUCAAUAAACUCUUAAAUAAAGCAAAUUUUCCAUCAACUAAAAGAUUUUUAGUACUGUUAUCCAUUUAAAUAGAAUAAUCCCGUUCCUUAAUCCAUUCUUUCGAAAUAAAUAUAAACCAGUUUAAGAGAUGAAUACUUGGGUCAGUGAUCUCACGGUCAAGGUGAAUAAAUUUAACAGUAAAAU